CCAGAACUUAAAUGCCGUUUCAGUUUCCACUUUACUUAAAGUCACAACAGACAGAAGAACCUGCAGAACGUGAGAAAGAAUGGAAUCAAAAACAGUUCAGAUGAUAUUUGUGGCUCUCGGCGCCGUCGGGAUGAUUGGAGUCAUCAUCUGCUGCUCCCUGCCUGAGUGGAUUGUGGGACAUGUUAGUGAUAUGAAAUUUCAUCAAGGUCUGUGGAUGGCGUGUGUGACGUACAGAACUUUACCACAGGUGUGCGGAGCGAUUCCUUACACCAUGAUACCCUCUGAAAUGGAGGCCUGCAAGGCCUUAACCGUCAUCAGCUGCCUCCUCUGUGGUCUCAGCCUCCUCCUCCUGAUCUUUGGUUCCGACUUCACCCCAUGUGUUCAGAACCAAGACACCAAACCCAAAAUGAUCCUAGCGGCCGGAGUGGGCCUGAUACUGGCCGGCCUGCUGGUGAUCAUCCCGGUCAGCUUGAUGACAAAUAUUAUUAGAAAUGUACCAAAGGGAAUGACAGAGGGAAUGACAGAGGGAAUGACAGAGGGAAUGAUGGUGGGAAUGAUGGUGGGAAUGAUGGUGGGAGCGAGCAUCUAUAUCGGCUUCAUAGCUGGUUUGAUGUUGAUGCUGAUUGGAGGUCUGCUCUGCUACUUCAGCAGAUCCAGGGGCGAAGGAGGAACCGUCAGCUUCUUCAGCAACAGAGCUUAAGAUAAAAAAAUUAAUUUAGAGGCUUGAUGUAAGGAACUGGUGUCCACAGACGGGCAGACGAGGGAUAAAUUUAGGUAAAAACUGGGAAAACGACGUGAAAUGAUCAUUUCCAUACUUUUAACAUUUGGUGCUGAAAGGCAUGUUUAGGAAUAUUUUUAUUUUGGCAAAAUUCCCAAAAUCUUUCUUAAGAUCUCUGUUAAAAUUUGACUUAAAGAUCCUCAGAAAAAUGAUUUUG